CACUUUGAAAUGAAGUGUAAAAGAACAAUUUCGAAUAUUUUAUAUUCCCUUAAUCGAAUUUGACUAUUCUUCUCGUCUAUAUAUACAGACACACACCUUCAAACUCACCCAACAAACAAAACAAAACCUCUUCCAAAUUCCAUUAUUUCUCUCAUCAACUGCGCGACGCAUAAUUUUAACUUCUGUUCCGAGAAAAAAAAAGGUUGAAUCUUUUAUCAGUUUCACGUAAUGGGCAACUACGUUUCAUGCACCUUGGCGCCACCACUGAUGAAGAACGCAAAGGCCGCGAGGGUGAUUUUGCCCACCGGCGAAGUGAAGCAAUUCCGAGAUAUCGUGAACGUUGCGGAGCUCAUGCUGGAGCAACCCAACUAUUUCUUGGUCAAUUCUCGCUCUCUGCACAUUGGUCGAAGGUUCUCUGCUCUCAGUGCUGACGAGGACUUGGAAUUCGGAAACGUCUAUAUCUUCUUUCCGAUGAGGAGAGUGAACUCCGUCGUCACGGCGGCUGACAUGGCGGUGCUCUUCUUGGCGGCUAACUCCGCCGCCAAGCGGUUGACGGCCGGAAAGGCGCGUGUAUUGCCGGAAAACGGCGGCGGAGCGUGGCAGGAAGAGGAAUCUGCGGCGGAGAGUGAGAAGAAUAACGGAGUCCCAAGGUUGAGUUUGGACGGAGUGGAAUCAGGGUUUCAAUAUAGGUUAAGUUAUUGUAGGUCAAGGAAACCUGUUUUGGAGACUAUAAAUGAGGAACCUAUUAGGUCAAGGUGAAAUGAAAAAGAUACUGAGCAAGAUCCUUAAUUGAUGAACCAAAGAUUUUAGAUUGGGUUAGAGAGAUUCAUAUAAUGCUUCAAAAUUGAUUAGAGGUAUGGUGAAUUGAUCGCUAGCAUUAAAUUUGUACAAAAUUCGUUUGAAGAAAGAACAGAUUUGCGUGUGAUAUUAUGGCCAAUUUUAAUUUUAAUUUUUUAUUGUUUGGGUACAAUGAAUGUAAUGAGAUUUAAUUGGAACAGAUAUUUGGUAAUUUUGCAUUUGAUUCUUGCUUUUUCUCAGAAGAAAAUUACACUGAGAGAAUCGUUCAACCAUUUUUCACUUAAAAUAAAGCGAGCAACGCGUGGACUUGGUUGGGCUGUGGGUCGAAUGAAUGGCGAAGUAGCAAUUAAUAGAAUAGAAUGUUAAAGCAGGUAGGCACGUGUGUAUGACUAAUGUGUGGCCAAAUUCAAAAUGAUUACAUUUUGUCUUCGGAAAUACUUUUGUCCCUUUUAUUAAAAUAUGUUUUUCU